AUGGACGUUCAUAGUGCACCUACAUCAUCAGCCUUUAAUACAUCUGUUACAGCAUCGACUGAAGUCAGUAAAUUGAAGGAUGCAUUCCGAUUAUUUGAAAGUGAAGGAGUUGUGGAAGUGGAAGACUUUGGAGUGAUUUUGAGACAUCUCGGUCUCAAUCCAACUCAAAAACAAUUGGCAGCUUUAAAAACAGAAAUGGCCGAACCUUUUGUCACUUUUGAAAAGUUUGAGGCAGUCAUGAGCAAAAUUAUUCUCACCUCAACCUAUGAUGGUGUUGCUAUGAUAGUAGACUCGGAGGAUCAGUUGCUGAAGGCAUUUGAAACCUUGGAUCCCGAAAAAAAGGGAUACAUCCCUACGGACAGAAUGGUGAACUGGCUGAAAACACAGGGCGAGCCCAUGAGCGACGAAGAGAUUAAUGAAUUCUUGAGAGUUGCCCAAGCAAAAGACGGGCCAAUCAUUCGAUAUGAGGAAUAUAUCAGCCUACUGUGUGGAAAUAAGUAA